AUGGCACAAGAUGUGCGCGACUCACAUUUGCAGCCUCCGGAUGCCGCUCCGCUCUCCGAUGAACAGCUGUCGGAGCAACCCUCCGCUACCGAGUGGAUGUCGGCGCAAUCGAACCAUUCCACUGGCGCGCUCCACAGCGACAAUGAUAUCGUCCACCCACAUGAGGCAGUAGACUACUUGGCUGGGCACUCACGUUCUCCAGAGAGUACAGUCGUGGGCGAAUUCGACAACAUCCCGGCAAUGGGGAAGAAACCUCGGACUUUACCAGCAUGGAUCCGUUCAGUCGAGUAUACGGAGGAUGAGGUAGAUGCAGCUGUCACAGAUAGGCUGCUUCCAUCACAGCCCGGAGAAGCUGUUGUCGCCCAGCACAAUCAUUCGCCUUAUGCGGCAUCAAGACCUACCCUUUCGAGUGGACAGGGUGAAAGUAGCAGGGGUUUCAUUGGACGAGAGCGCGAGUCGCGCUGGAAGAACUUUUCCAGGGACAUUGCAUACCCCCGAGAACAAGGAGUUGAGGAGAAAUCCGUCACGCCGGACUGGUUGAAUGAGAAUCUCGGUGAUUAUUCUGAACCUUGGCGAGGUCAAGGUGAACCGGAUGAAGAUACCGAAGACCCCUUGAGGAUGAGAAGACGACGAGAAAUUUGGUUCAAGCGCUUCCACAGCACGCUUCUCAAGAGCCCUAUGGUCCCCUUGAUCUUUCGACUUACGGUGUGGUGCUUUUCCCUCACUGCAUUAGCUCUUGGAGGCUCUAUCCAACAUCUCUCGGGGACGUACCAGCAUCCCCAAGGCCCCUCUGCACUGAUGGCGAUUAUCGUCGAUGCGGUUGCCUUGGUUUACCUCGUUUACAUUACAUUUGAUGAAUACACAUCCAAGCCGUUGGGUCUUCGCUCUCCCUCCGCCAAGGCGCGACUCAUUCUUCUGGACAUCUUUUUCAUUGUGUUCGACUCGGCCAAUCUCAGUUUGGCGUUCGAAUCACUCUCGACCGUGAGGGGCGCAUGCACCAUGGCUGAAGUUAACCAAGAGGUUGCGCCGAAAAACGACGCAAUAUGCGACCGGCAGAUCGCCUUAGCUUGUGUACUACUGAUUGCGCUACUAGCCUGGCUUACCACCUUUUCCAUCAGUGUCCUCAGACUUGUCGAACGAGUUGCUUCAUGA